AUGACGAGUUAUUUCGCUGGGUCGUCCAACGGCCAAAAGGCCACAUCCCCUCUGUCUCCUCCGAUCCAGCGCUCUAGCGCAUUGUCGAAUCGAUUAACCUCCGUUCUGUCCGCAUCCUACGCCGACUCCGAUAUUCGUGAUGCGCUCGAGACCUUGAGCAUUCGAGGGGUCCACAACAGCGCUGAGACAAGGCGACAGCUUCGGCUCGAUGUGCAGAAAGAAGUGGUGGAUUGCAAUGCCGAGAUUGUUCGAGAUUUUGGGAAGGUAGCAGAGCAAUUGAAGCGAAUCGGUAGUGUGAUAGCAACAUUGAACCAAACCUGCGAUGAAAUGCGAAGACACAUUGGCUUAGCCAAACGGGAUUCGGCUCCAGUGCUCGAAGAAGCUACUGCGUUGAUGUCUCAAAAGAAGGACACGGAAACAAAGCAACAACUUCUUGACGCAUUUUCAAACCACUUUCUUAUCCCUGAAGAAGAUCUUAUGGCGUUGAACUCGGCAGAGGAACUGGUGGAUGAUCGGUUUUUUGAUAUCCUUGCACGUGUCAAGCAAGUUCAUCACGACUGCGAGCUUCUUCUCGGUGGGGAAAACCAGCGAUUGGGUCUUGAGGUCAUGGAGCUGAGCACUCGGCACCUCAAUUCUGCCUACCAAAAGCUGUAUAAGUGGAUACAGAAGGAAUUCCAGUCUUUGAACCUUGAGGACCCUCGGAUUAGUAGUUCUAUCCGUCGUGCUUUGCGGGUACUCGCGGAACGCCCUACUCUCUUCCACAGCUGUCUGGAUUUCUUUGCUGAGGCGCGUGACUAUGUUCUUUCGGACGCAUUCCACUACGCUCUAACAGAUGCCAUAUCCGGAGGCAACGCGGCUGCUGCCGCGGGCGAUCACACAGUCAAACCCAUCGAGUUCUCAGCUCAUGACCCGCUCCGGUAUAUCGGAGAUAUGCUUGCCUGGGUGCACUCAACAACUGUUUCUGAAAGAGAGGCUCUGGAGGCUCUAUUUGUCGCUGAUGGAGAGGAACUCGCUCGUGGAAUUCAGGCUGGCUUGAAUAGCGAGCCGUGGUCUAGAAUUGAUGAGGAGAGCGAGACUACUUUUGAUGGGCGCAAGGCUCUUAGCGAUUUGGUAAGCCGAGAUCUUACUGGAGUCUCUCGUUCUUUACGACAGAGAGUUGAGCUUGUCAUUCAAGGUCACGAUGACCCCGUCACGUGCUUCAAGGUCGUCAACUUGCUGUCUUUCUACCGUACAACAUUCUCAAAACUGGUUGGCUUUCAGUCUCAGCUAGUAGAGUUGAUGCAUAUAUUGGAAAAAUUCACUCUUGCUCACUUUGAGAAUUUGAUGAAGGAACAAGUGAACACCCUAUCAGCUGAUCAACUCGCCCUUGCGCCUCCAUCGGAUCUCUCUCCACCGGAGUUCUUAUUAGAUGCACUUGAAGCGUUGGUCUCACUCAUGAAAACGUACGACGGUUCCGUCCGGCCUGAUGAGCAGUCCGAUUCGGCUACCGAGAACAGCUUUACCCCUGUUAUGCGCGCUGCCUUCGAUCCUUUCUUGACUCUAGCUCGAUCCUCGUCCGAGGAGAUUGAGGAUACGACUGCGCAGACGAUCUAUCGCAUUAAUAUUCUCCUGGCAUCCCGCGCAGCUAUCUCGACAUUUAGCUUUGCCAGUGUCACCCACAUGUCACGUGUUUCUGGCGCUAUAUCACAGCUCCGUAACAACCUUCUCGAUCUGCAACACGAUUUUCUGCUGGAUAGAUCCGGCUUACAGGACUUGUUGGAUGCUCUAGAGCCAUUUUCCAAGCAGGGCAAAGACUCUGAGCCAGAUGCUGACAAUGCUGAGGAGCAGUCAGACCUGCAGAAACCCCAGCUUGCGGACCUAACAUCUCUUCCCGCUUUCCAGCCCGCAGCCUUAGUUAUAUCCAGUCAGCAGCUUGAUGAAUUUCUUCCAUCUGCUCUUAUGGACGCUGCUGAUCAUCUCAAGCGUGUUCAAAGUGCGUCUCUUAUUCAAAGCGUUACUGAAGACGCUGUCGAGGCCUUCUGCCACGAUUUUGAAUUUGUUGAGGGUAUGAUCAUUGCUGCUGAUGAGGCGAGGGGAAUGACUCAAGUCACUUUGGGUACUGAUGGAAGUGUCAUCAGUGGGCGUAGUGGUAUAUCAUCACGAAAAAACCCUGCAGAUGGUAAUGAUGAUGAUGAAGCAAAGGAAGACCAGUGGAGUCUACGUUCCUUAUUCCCUCGCACUACUGGGGAGAUUCGUGUUCUACUUAGCUGA